GAUUUGUCGCCCUAAGGAUAAGUGAAGUGCUCCGCUCUUACCUCUCCUAGGUGCUCCACCACAACAAAUGCAAUUACGCCAACAGAUUGUGAACAUCCAAAUACCUUCUGCUAUUUGCAUCUCCUUUUAAACUUAGCCUAUGCUGGCUGGGAGUGAUUUCCAUAAGUGUCAAAGAAUUUGUGUGGCCCGAACAGAGACGAGAACUGAUCGCAACAAGUAUGAUGAAAGAAGACAUUUGCCUUGAAUAUUUGUGCCCAAUGGAACUUACAGCUGAUAACAUACAUUCUUGACUCUGUGGUAUGGCCAAUGGUUCAGGACAAGAAAGAGUGAUGUUUCUUUCACAUUCUGUUUUCAUCAAUCAUGUCUUGUAUGACAUUGAAAGUGACAAGGGGUUUAUAACCUGGUCAUUUAUGUCACUUUUCUGAUUUUCUGUGGAAAGAAUGAAUGCAUGGGCACUCAUGUUUAAGAAUGACUUUACAAGAAGGCAACAUGAAGCUUGGAAUGGUGUUGUUGACAAUCUUCUUCGCCCUUGCGAGAGUGACGGCUACAACCAGUCCACUGGCCACCCCUAGCACUAGUCUUGUAAGAGAAUACCAAGAUGAUCGUCUGCUGUUGUUAUCAACACUUGAUGGCUCAUUGUAUGCUGUUGAUCGUCUCACCGGUAUCACUCAGUGGCAGUUAAAAGAUGAACCUGUUGUUAAAGUUCCUGUUGAUGCAUCGAAAGCAGUAACACCAAUAUUUUUACCUGACCCAAAAGAUGGCUCAUUAUAUGUUUUGGGUGGAUCUGAAAGAGAAGCAUUGAAGAAAUUGCCUUUUACAAUACCCCAGCUUGUGGCCCAGUCUCCAUGUCGUAGUUCGGAUGGAAUCUUAUACACUGGGAAAAAGAUGGAUACAUGGUUUUCUGUCAAUUCAAAGACAGGUGAAAAACAACCUGUGCUCAGUUCAGAUGGACAGCAUGUCUGUCCAUUGACAGACUCCAAUGGCAAUUCAUUUUAUAUAGGCAGGACAGAAUACAACAUAAUUAUGCUGGAUAGUAAGCAGAAAGAACGCAAAUGGAAUGUGACCUUUUUUGACUACUCUGCAAACACAAUGGAUAGUGAACUGCUGAGUAAUUAUGAAAUGGUUCACUUCAUGGGUAGUUCCUCUGGUCGGGUCAUAACCAUGGAUCGACGGACUCACCGUCAUCUCUGGUCCAGUAAUUAUGGAUCACCAGUUAUAGGAGUUUAUCUCCUUGAUACAGAGGGACUAAUAUCUUGCCCCUUUACAAGUGUUGCUGAAGAGACCCUUGAUGCUUUGGCUGAUCAGCUCAAGUCAACAGCUCCAUCAACCUGGCUGAGUUCAGACCAAAUGAAACUUAAGUCCACAUUAUAUGUUGGUGAACAUCCAUUUGGCUUGUAUGCUCUCCCUUCACUUGUUGAUCAAAGUGUUGCCACCGUGAAUCAUUUGAACUUUGGGGCACUAUUGAUUGAGGGUCCGAAUGAAGGUUCCACUGCAGGCAAUGUUGGUGACAGCACACAACACAAUCCUGGGAGCUCAAAUUUGAAGGACCUCCAAAGUAACUUGGAUAAUGUAUUGCCAGCAAGGAAAGACAUAGAUGUGACUCCUUCCUAUCCUCUCAUCAUUCUGGGUCAUUAUCAAACACCAUCAUUCAGUGAAGCAAUUGUGCCUGAUGGACAGAAAACAAGUGCAAUGAUUCCGUUACCUAGGCAUGUUGUAAAUUUUGAUUGGGAGCUGGAGAAUGAAACUGGUGAACAUAGCCAUGAGGACAAUAGGGGGCCACAUAGCCCCAAACCAGUGUCCCCCCAAGUAAAGACCACUCCAAAUUCUGAUAUUUCUUGUUGGGAUGAGGUGAUUAGAGGCAACUUCUCCACUGUGCUCACUCCAGAAUGCAUUCAGUUUAUGUACUCUGGCCUUAAAAUUUGGGUAACUCAACAAGAAAAUAAAUCAUUGAAAAUAGCUAUGGCACUUAUUAUUAUAUCUAUGGCAGCUUUAUUUUGUUACGUACGAGGAAAGAUGCGGGAGAUUCACCAAAUGUCUCAGAGUUCUCACAGUGGCAAAGUGGAGUCCUUCACUCAACCAUCUGAAUUACAUGGGCGAGGUGUUUGUGUGGGAAAAAUUACAUUUUUCACAGCUGAAGUUCUUGGGAAGGGAUGUGAAGGCACGUUUGUUUAUCGUGGCUUGUUUGAUGGACGCAAUGUAGCUGUCAAGAGGCUACUGCCAGAAUGCUUUUCGCUGGCAGAUCGCGAAGUGGCAUUGCUCAGAGAAUCCGACCAGCAUGCUAAUGUCAUAAGAUAUUUUUGCACAGAGCAGGAUCACCUUUUCCGGUACAUUGCCCUAGAGUUAGCUGCUGCAACUCUGGCAGAUUUGGUUGAAGGUCGCAUUGUCUUAGGAAGCACUGAUCUUCCUGCAAGGCUGACCACAACUGAAAUAAUAAGGCAGGCUACAUCAGGAAUGGCACAUUUGCAUUCUCUUGACAUUGUUCAUAGAGACAUUAAGCCUCAAAAUGUUCUUUUAUCAGUCCCCAACGCCCAUGGGGAAGUAAGAGCUAUGAUAUCUGACUUUGGUCUGUGUAAGAAACUCCAGAAAGGACGGAUGUCCUUCUCCAGGAGAUCCGGUAUAACUGGCACUGAUGGUUGGAUAGCUCCUGAAAUGCUUUCUGGUUCUGGGCGCACGACUUGUGCAGUUGAUGUCUUUUCAAUGGGGUGUGUGCUUUACUAUGUAAAAACAUCAGGAAAGCACCCAUUUGGUGAUCCGCUUAGGAGGCAAGCUAAUAUUUUGAGUGGAGAACCCAGGCUGAAUGACUUGAACAGUUCUCAACUUGACCAGCUCUUAACCGGCACCUUAGUAAAAUGCAUGCUAAGUUGGGAACCACUGGAGCGCCCACCUGCUGAGGCUGUCCUGUCACACCCUCUCUUUUGGAGCAGAGCAAAAAUAAUGUCGUUUUUCCAGGAUGUCAGUGAUCGGGUGGAAAAAGAUGAGCCAGCAACAAGCACUGCACUUCAGGCCCUGGAGGCUGAUGGUGCCAGAGUGGUAAGAGGUGACUGGAGAGUGCAUAUUUCGGAUGAAGUAGCCCAAGAUCUGCGCCGUUACCGUAACUACCGCGGGUUGAGUGUCAGAGAUUUGUUGAGAGCUUUGCGAAAUAAGAAACACCAUUAUAGAGAAUUAUCCUUAGAAGCACAAAGGAGCCUAGGAACAAUACCAGAUCAGUUUGUAAUGUACUGGAUGGACCGCUUUCCUCGUCUCCUGCUCCACUCCUGGCUUGCCAUGCAAAUUGUUCGCCAUGAACCAGUCUUUAAGCCAUAUUACCAUAUUUCCCACACAUUUCCUCCCUCUCAGGUUAGCAUAGCUGCUGACAAUGAUUGGGAAUCUACUGUGACUCUAGAUGCUGUUGACUUCAAUACUGUGACUUGGCAAAAUUUGAAAGACAAAAGCUCUCCGAAAAGCAAGAAAAAAUUACCAGGAAAUAGCAAAAAAACUUUUAGCGGAAAAGAGUCUCCUAAAAAAGAUCCCCGCACAAAUCAGAGAGAUGAUCAAGUAGACUGGCGUCGCAGAGAUGUCAUUAAUGAUAAAUCAGCUGCAAAGUCUGCAGAGAACUGGAGAUGUGAACACAGGAGACUUAAUGGAGAAGAGGAUAAUUUAAACCAGGACAUGGGUGUAAAUUCUCCCUUGCCAAAAGUUUUGGAGAAAGAGACAUUGAAUAAGAAGGCCUAGAUGAGGCAAAUUUUAAAAAUAGUUGAGAAAAUUUCUUUCUAAUUACUCUUGUGCAUUCCAUGUGUCUAAAAUACUGUAAUAUAACUUAAAAAUACGGUGGAUCUCAACAUAGGAAUUUAAAUGCAGACCAGUCGGUUAAUGAGGCAAGUCCUUUUUAAAAUCUUUGAUUAUGAACAUUUUAUGUGUGUUGUUGCAUUUUCUUGGUCUAUUUUCGAGUUCCAACUGGAGCUCGGAAUACUUUUAAGCUUUGACUUGUUGUGGAUUUGUAAUUGUUUGCUUAGAGUGCAGUGUGUGUACUUGUGUGUAGUUUUCCUUGUUUGUUAAUUUGUUUCACAAUUCUUCACUGAUCACUUUCAGCUUACUUUAUGUAACUUUUGUGGUAAGGAAACUAGGACACCAAGGUGGUCUCUGGUAACAGAACUAGACCAGAAUGGCUUCUGAAGCCAUUACUGGCAGUAUGCAAUUUGACGUUUAAAGAUAUGUAUAAGGCUGUGUCAAAUUCUUCUGGUGUGACGGAUGAAGUAUUAUAUUAUUACUUAUUGCUAUUUGUGAGCAGAAAGACUGGAAAGAUAUGCCAUCUUUUUUAAAUGUUGUGGGUCACAAGUAUACCACUGUUUAGUAUAACUAUCAGGAUUGACUUUCACUUAAACAAUUAAUUUUAACCUGACAUGUCAUCAAUUUAAUAUAUGACAGGCUGUUAUUCAUGAACGCGCAAGUUCUGGUUUGAGGCAUCCUUGUGAUUUGUUGCUCAUCAGUGGUCUCCUAAGUUGAAUAUUUGUAACAUUGGAUGUGUGUUUAUAGUAUGUGUAAUCAUUGGACCAGUAAGUACAUAGCUGUUUAUUUGGAAAAAAAAUAGCAUUAUAUUGUAAUUAAUAUAAAAGUGAUUCAAACUGUGAUAAUGUAAGUUUAGGUAUAAACAAUAAAAUAUUGAAGUUAAUGGUU